AUGAACCAUUAUGCCCAAGACUAUCAAUUAAAGAAAACCGAAACUAAAGCCAAAGUCAUUGUAAUAGAAGAACAAAUCACUUCUCCAGAUGCCAAAUUCAUCCAUAUUGAAGAAAACCGAGAACAACUACUUCGUUUUAAUGGAAAGAUUGAUAGACACCCCACCUGGAUUCUGCUGAAUAUCGAUGGCCGAAAGAAAGAAGUCUUCACUGAAGAUCAAGAAUUGGAAUUGGACUAA